AUGAUGUCUGGAAGAUCAGUUGUCACCGAACUGCCUCGCUCCACGGCCUAUUAUUACGCUGACCUGGAGAAGAUUCGACGAGAUGAGGUCCAGGUCAAACAGGACUACCAGGUCAAACAGGAGUUCCAGGUGUACGAACGUACUAAGGACGCGGAGGUGGUGAAAAUAACUCUGGAAGGCACCUGGAGUCCAGAAUAUAGUACGCCAGAAAACGGGAACAAAGGAGAUACGUAUUCCACUGCUGGAACAUUCCCUUUGAAGGAAAUUAAGGAGAAAGAGCCUUUGUUGGCUGAGCUGGAACUAGUAGGGCGAGUGCCUUUAACACAGCUGGAUAAUACAGGUGUAAGGCGCACCAGGAGUUGGUACUUGUGCUGCCCGAAUGUAGGGGAUGAGGAGAUGUCCAGGGAAUCCAGCUGGAGAUACUCUAGUUUAAGACCUGUGACGGCUGCACCUGUGGCCGGAAGGAAUGGUGUGACUGCGGUUGCCAGCCAAAGCAGUGGUCGCGAAGAUAUAGAAUCUCUAAGAGCGGAGAGAGAUGCUCUAGCCCGGGCCUUGGCCGCGGAGAGACAGAGGUCUGCCGCUGAGGGUAGAGCUCAUGAUGCAAGACUCGCGGAGCUGCACGGAGUCAUCGCUGAACUAGUCAGGAGAAGGACAAGCGAUAGACGAGCACGGGUUAUACCUGAGGAGGAAGUUUCCGACGAGUGUGAGUCCAUCACCCAGCCGGCGGGGGACGUGGACAAUGACCUCACGGAGCACACGGAACAGUACGAAAGCUCGUCUGCCGUGAGUCCGGAACUGAAUACUCCUCAAGAUUUGAAAAAGGAUGAAGAACUAACUGACAGGGCUUCACCCCCAGCGGAGGCUCCCGCGGGGGACUCUGAGCGUGAGUCCAGUGUUAUGGUGGAGGGAGAAGUGUGUCUGAAUAAUACGAGAUGCUGUCAACACGUCCUCGCUGAUACAGGAAGUUGUGACAGAGAAAGAGGCUCGCCGGGGCUACUACCGCCCUCACCUAGUAAAUGUGAGUUCAGAGAAGCGAAAAUAGCUUCCAGAGUCAGACUUAAGAAGACACAGGAACACGACGCGCGGGACACACACACAGACGAGGCGUGGUGUGUGGAGGCAGCGGAGAGGUUGGCGUUAGACGUGUGCGCUCAGGCUGACCUUAGAGAGGCUUUGGUGGCGACCGGAAGUGAUGAAGUUCAUGAGUUAGACACGGCCCUAGCUCACGUUCGUCUGUGGCGAGCUCGCUGUGGGCGGCUAGCGGCGGACUGUCGUGUGUUGGACUGUGCAUUAGCCAGGGCUGUGGACACGGCGCACAGGUUGUCUAUGUCGUGCGCGAUGCAGGAGUCGUCUAUGGUGUGUGUGUGUGGAGCGCUCAGGGCCGCGGACCGCGCGCUGGAGGUGUACGACGUGCUGCUGGCGCUGGCUGAGACACAACACGCGCCGCACGACACGGAGCGUCAGUCAGCGGAGGCAGUUGCGCGUCGUGUGUUAUGGCGCCUGGAGUCUGCGCCCCCGUCGUGGGGCGAGCCUCUGCUGCCGCCCGGGCCGUGGGCGGAGCGCCCGGGGACAGAGCCUUCGCCCCCGCCCUGGACAGACGACUGCGAGGCGAGGCUGAGGACUCUCGCCGCCCAGCUGAAGAGGGAAACUGUUCAGAUGAGGGCGCUUAGGACUCCGCCCGCUCUGUACUCACCACACGAUAGCUCCGCGCCCGAGUCAGUAUGUAUGUCAGAGAUGGAAGCAGCCGUGUUAGUACAAGAAGUUUUGGCGAACAGAGAACAGAGGGCUGCGGACGAACUGACGAGGAGACAGGACUGA